AUGGCGGAAGUGCCGAGCUCGGAAGCUCUGUCUCUGCCGGAAAGGCUCGAGUUAGAGGGAGAGAAGCCUCUUCCUCCUCCGGCGUCGUCAGCGUCGGCGGCGGCCGCGGCCGCGGCGGUGGUGGCGCGGCCGAAGUCAGAAAGCACUCCUUCCUCUCCUGUGACCUGUGCUCCUGGCUCCUCCCCCGAUCCCGCGGCCUCUUCCCCUUCUUCCCCCUCUUCCCCGGGGAAAGGAGUUGAGGUCGAGGUUUCUGCCCCGGAAACCCUCGCUGUCCCCGCGGCCGCCGCUGAUAAUUCCAGCGCAUCGUCCGAUGGCGGAGGUGACGACAGCGGCGAGCGCCGAUCCUCCUCCAAGCGCCUCCCCGCCGCCGCGGCGCCGGCUCUGGUGAAUUCCUCCGCCGCCACUCCGGUCGUCUCCGUGCCUGUCGAUGCCGUGAGGCUCCCCGUCGUCGCGGUCCCGUGCUUCAUCGCGCCCGCCGCGUUGCUCGAGCCAUCUGGAUUCCCGGUUUGUGAUCCCUCUUUCCCCCCUCAUCUGACCCUCGACAUCUGCAUACUCCGCGUAACCUUGAACAGAUUGGGAAUGAAGCAAAAUACUCUACGAUCAACGCCAUCUAAUCAAAUGAUCUUUGAUUUUUCUGGAGAAAAAUGUUCUGCUUCUGAUGAUUCCUCUUCUCGUAUGAUGCAUACGUAAAACAGUUCGAUUCUCAGAGCCAGUUCGCCAUGGCACAACAAGCAGUCCUGGCGACGGUCACAGCUCAGGCACAGAUGCAGCUCCAGACAGGGUAUGCAGCCCCCAUCUCUCCUGCCCCAGCGUCGGAGGAGAAGCCACCCGCAGCAUCCCAAGAAGGGGAUCGAGAGCAGCGGUCUGAUCAGAAGACUGAAUCUGUUCAGAAUGCCCCCAUGAAAAGCUCGGGCGAUGGGUUCAACUGGCGCAAGUACGGGCAGAAGCAGGUGAAGGGCAGUGAGAGCUCCCGGAGCUACUACAAAUGCACCUACGCCAGCUGCUCGGCGAAGAAGAAGGUCGAGCACCGCCAGGACGGCCAUGUGCUGGAAGUAAUCUACCGAGGUGGCCACAACCACCAUCCUCCCCAGAAGGCUAGAUUCUCGAAAGAGAGGAGGUCUCUGCCGGGCGCCCCAUCUGCAGACCAUGAAAGCUCCGCCCCUGCAAAUGGAAAAGCUGGUCGAGCAGAGCCUUCUCCCCUGAAAGCUGACCCAAAUGCCGACGGCGAUGGAGGUCUCAAACGGGUGCAUUGCUCCAGCGACUGUGAAGCCGACGCAGACGUGAAAGCCAGAGGAAGCCUCGGGGAAGAGCCCGAUCUCAAGCGAAGGUUGAAAUCUUCCGCUGACCUAAUCAUCCCUUCUUCUUCUUCUUCUCUUCUGCAAUGUCUGCAACAUGCUCAUCCCUCCCUGGUGCAGGCUCCUGGAGAGGCCGAAGGCGAGCCCAUCGCCUGUGUUCAAAACGGUCAAGGAGCCAAAGAUUAUCAGGCAGACGACAUCUGAAUCAGGGUCUCUGAGUGAUGGCUACAGAUGGAGAAAGUACGGCCAGAAAAUCGUCAAGGGAAACCCUAAUCCGAGGUUCGUCAUCCUUCUUCUUUGAUCUCUUGCUCAUUUGUUUUGCCUGUUGAUGCGAUUUUGCUGCGAUUUUCCUUCAUCUCGGUUGAUGCUUGCAUAGUUUGAUAAAAAAAAACAUGAUGAGGAGAGCAAAUGCAUGGUUUUUGCCGCCAUGUGUGUUGACUUUCAGGGUUUGACUCUGUCAGAGAAUGGAGGCAAGACAGUCGACCCUCUUCCUUCUUUUUCUUGUUCUUCUGGGGAAUGGGAGAUGAAAUCACAGUAGCACGGACCUAACUUAUGGCCGCUGGUGAAGUAGAGGAGAAUGACGUUGACCCAGGAUUCCUCAUAGAUGGGGACCGAACCUAGAGGAGACUUUCAGGAUUUGGGUCGGGGUCAAAGUGGUUGACCCGCUUCGUCAUCGUCAUCGUCUUCUUCUUCUUCUUCUUUGUCCUCUCCUGGCGGAUAGAUCGGUGACACAGUUCUACGUGACCUGUUCUUGCAGGAGCUACUACCGGUGCACGCAGCUGGGUUGCCCCGCCAGAAAGCACGUAGAGAAGGACUCCACCGAUGAGAGGGCGGUGAUCAUAAACUACGAGGGCAAGCACAACCAUGACCUCCCACCGCCGAAGACCGCCACCGCCGCCGCCGGUCACCCACCUCCCGCCGCCGACCUGCUAGUCGCCGCCGCCGCCGCCAUAGAGGCCGGGGACCGCGCCGCCCGACCCGCCAGCCCCGGCACAGCCGGCUCCGGCGCCGGCGACGGGUCACUGGAAUCGGCGCAGACGCUGCUCAGUAUUGGGUUCGGGCCCGCGGCGGAGGGGGACGACGGGCGGGGAAGCUGGGACGGCGGCGCCGCCAGGCCGCUGUUUGACAAGCACCGGCCGGGGGCGGCGGUCUCCGUUCAGAAUUCCUGA